GAGAUUGGCAUAUUGAAAAUUCUACGCCAUAACAACAUUGUACCCUUGUGGGGUAUAGCGACAGGAUUUGGAUACAUGCCGGAAUUGCGCUGCUUAGUAUCUCCGUGGAUGCCAAAUGGCACAUUGAAUGCAUACCUAGCAUCUGACCACAACGAUCUAACACUGGAGGAUGUCAGCGCUGGACUUCAUUACCUACACUCGAUUCCUGUCUUGCAUGGGGACAUAACAGGGGCAAAUAUACUAAUCGACGAGGGAGGUCAUGCGAGGUUAAUCGAUUUUGGUCUUUCCACCAUCACACAACCCCUUAUCGACCAGUCGCACUUGGUGGCAACAUCUAUACGUCCAGGCGCAAUCCACUAUGCUGCACCAGAACUCAUUCUACCAGACACUGCGCGUGACCCGGAGUUGGUGGAAAAAAUCGAUAUCUACUCCUUUGGUUGUGUGAUGCUUCAAAUUCUCUCGGGUCGGCCCCCUUGGUCUGAGAUUAAAUCUGGAAGGCUGGAUUUACGCAUUCCUGUCCUGAUAUCCCGAGGUCGUAGACCGCAGCGUCCAGAUGGUCAUCCUGAAAUAAUAGACUCUGAUUGGAAAUUCAUCCAGAAAUGUUUGCAAUCCGAACCUGAACUUCGACCUUCAGCAGAUAAAGUACUUGAUUUUGUCAUGCAUAGAUUUUACUCUCCAGGUAAUUCCUCAUGA